AUGGAGCGUGGCCUGACUGCAACUGGAAUGAAUAUCCAGCCUGGAGAGGGCCUUCAACUGAGGGGGAGCAUCUUACCAGAUUCUGAAGAAUUUGUUGUGGAUCUGGGCAAAGACUCAGACAACCUCCUGCUUCACUUCAAUCCAUGCUUUUUCAGGCGCGGAGAUUCGGUGAAUGCUGUUAUCUGCAACUCCAAGCAAGAUGCGGUAUGGGGAGAAGAGGAAAAAGUAGAAAUCUCUUUACCAAUGGUGGAGAAAAUCAAGGUCAUCUUCACAUUCCGUGCUUCUGAAUUGCAGGUGAAAGUGGACGAUGCUUUCAAUAAGAUCCGGUUGGAAGAAGGUUACCUGAAGAAGUUGGAACCACCAGAAGUUCCCACAGAAUUCUUUCCUGACCUAUUGGACGUGGGGGUCAUUUUCCCCAAUCGACUGGGCCUGAAAGCCAUCCAGUAA